UGGUUCGCAGUGUUGGUUUCGCCCGGCCCGAUGGUACCGGGCGCGCCUGCGGGCCCCUGCAGGGCAGGGCUGUACCGUGGAGCCUUCGUGCCGCGCGGAGCCCGGCAGAGCGUCCACAGCACGGCCACGGGCAUGAGCACGGUCCGGAGGGGCCAAGGAGGGGUUGGUUCAGCCUAGAUAGGGCGAUACUGAGGUCAGACCUUACCGCGGUCUGCUGCUCCUCCCGCGGGGCAGCACCGAUCUCUGCUCUGGGACAGGGACAGAAGCCAGGGCUCGGCUGGAGCUGGGCCAGGGCAGGCUCAGGCUGCAGAGCAGGGAAAGGUUCUUCCCUCAGAGGUGCUGGCACUGCCCAGGCUCCCCAGGGAAUGGGCACGGCCCCGAGGAUGCCACAGCUCCAAGCGCUGCCAGGAAUGCCCAGGGUGGGGUUGGUGGGGGUCUGUGCAGGGACAGGGGCUGGGCUGGGUGAUCCUGGUGAGACUCUUCCAGCUCAGGGGAUUCUGUGAUUCGAUCCCUAAGAAAAUCCCUAAACUGCAUCAGAACCACCCAGAAAGUUUCACAGUAAAGGCAUGAAAAGCUGUUCCUGCUCUCGUAAUUUCUGAAGCAAGAGGGCAUGGAGUUAACGCUCCGCGGGUGGGUUUUUGUGGGGUCUUCCCAUGACAAAGCGCAGGAAGAGCGGCUGGAUCCCGGUCAUGGUGAUGAUCUGGGCAUUGCUCGGAAAUCAGGUGCCGGGAGGGCCCAGGGGUUUGUCAUCUGUCAUUUGUGUUUUAAAAGCAAUAUUACAUUGGCUUUCGCAUUUAUGUAUUAGCUUUUGCAUGCUGUUAUUAAUCAUAAGGAUUUUGAUAUGGUACACUUUAUAAUUCCUUUUAACUGCUUGUUAGUAUAAUAUAAUCUAUCAGUUUAUGUAUGCACCGUACAGUUUAUAUAAAUAGUGUGAUAAAUAUAUCAUAGACCUUAGCAAAAUAUUAAAAUAGAGACUAUGUAAUAUUAUAGCGUGAUAAAUAUAUUGUAGGCCUUAGCAAAAUAUUAAAAUAGAGACUAUGUAAUGUUGAAAUGCGUUUAUGUAACUAACUCAAAGAAUGGUGUAAAACACUUUGUUUCUCACAUAUGCGGACUGGCCUCUCCAAGUGAUAAUAGUAACAAAAACCAGAGUCCCGGAGAAGAAUUUAUUGACUCCUCAUUAUUAAGGAGUGUGAAACAACAGGAUAGAACCACAAUAAGAAAUAAAAUAUAUUGACCUACUGGAUGUCAUGCAGACAAGUCAAAAGUUAAAACCAAACAAAAGGGUUGCUAGAACAUCAAACACUCACAAGAAUGUUUGAAUAAUGUGUAAACUCAUGAAUAUUCAUAUGGCGCCAGUAAUAUAACAGUAUAUAGAGAAUAUUGUUUUAAGCUGACAGUGUGUUCUUUGGCCAAUUGCCAAAAACGCCCCAGUGCUGGAUAUUGUCCCUUUUUGUCCCCUAUUAAAUUUCUAAAAAUUUUAAAGAGUGAACUUUGUUUUUCACAUUUGUCAUCGCUCACGGCAACAUGCCUGGUCCCAGCUCCCAGGUUUCAGGAACAUCUCUGGAGGUGGGUGCAAGACUCUCUCCUUGGGCCGUGCAAUGGAGCCGGGGUGUCACAACAGCAGCACUGGGAACAGCCCUGCGUGGUCCCAUCCCGUCCCACGGCUACCGUAAGCAACUCCAGGGCAUUCUGUCCCACCCCGUCUUCUUCGGGAGCAGCCCCGUGGUGCCGUCCCGCGGCGGGCAUUCCCAGCAAGCCUCUGGUGGGGGUUUCCUGUCUCUUUGGGAACAGCGCGUCCUGCCCCGGCACUGCUGACAGGUCACGGUCAUUUCAGGAAGUGCAGAUAGGAUUUUUCUUCACUGGAUGACAUCACCAAGUUUUCCGUGCCGAUGUUCCAGGGCCAGUGCUGGGAAAAGGGCUGUUGCAGUGCAGUGGGUGAAGCGGUGCUCAUCCCAAGGGAGCUGUGCCGGUGCCAGUGCUGGUGCCAUUCCCGGUGCCAUCCCGGUGCUGUCCCCGGCUCACUGACGGAGCAUCUCGCCUUGACGGUGCCUGAGCAGCACCUGGCCCCUCGCCAAGGGCUCGAUGUCCCCGAGCCUCCCACGGCCCUGCCGCACCCUUCACUUCGACCCGCUCCUCUCCGGCCCCUCGCAGCCAGGCUGCUGGGGGAGUCACCUUAGCCGCUGUGUCACUGCUCUGCGCCCAGCUCUGACGGCGAGGAUUUCCCCGGGCCCGGGUGAAUUCCCCGCAGUGAGAACGUGCCCGUUCCCGCCCCGCCGGCGCAGCAGGCGGUAAAGCCCCGGAGCCUCCUCUCCGGAGCCGGGCUAGCGGAGCAGGCAGGCUGGGGACCCCGGGUGACAAAUCCUGCUGCUGUGACCUUUUGCCGAACUAGUUCCCCUACGAAAAGCACCUCGCCGUGACCUCAAUGCGGGCUGCGCCGCGCGUUUCCUCCACACGACAUUUUUCCUGCCAUCGCCGUCCUGCCGUCUCCGUCCUGCCACCGCCCAUCCGUCCCGACCGCUGGCCUCCACCUGUCCCCCGAACCGGCGACACGGGACGCGAAGUGGCCAUGGAACUCUUUGCGCAGUCUCUGGAGAUACAGCCAGAACUUUUCGUUCACAUGGCAGCAGCAAACUCUUCUCCACCUGGUUCUUUGGAUCUAAACCAGCCUGGGUUUGCAAAGGAGAUCCUGGGAACUAAACUGGAGGUCAAAUACCUGUGCUCCGAUUGCAAGAACAUCCUGAGGCGGCCAUUCCAGGCACAGUGUGGCCAUCGCUACUGCUCCUACUGCCUGAAGAAAAUCAUCAGUGCUGGACCUCAAAAGUGUGCCAGCUGUAUCCAGGAAGGAAUAUAUGAAGAAGGAAUUUCUAUUUUGGAAACAAGCUCGGCUUUCCCAGACAAUGCAGCGCGGCGGGAAGUGGAGAGUCUGCCUGCUGUUUGCAUCAACAGUGGCUGCACCUGGAAGGGAACCAUCAAAGAGUACGAGGCUCAUGAUGAAGUCUGCCCUGAAUUCCCGCUGACUUGUGAAGGCUGUGGGAAGAAGAUUCCCAGGGAGAAGUUUCGGGACCAUGUGAAGACAUGUGGUAGAUCCAAAGUACCUUGCCGGUUUGAGGCUGUGGGCUGUGCUGAGGUGGUGGAAAAUGAAAAACUCCUGGAACAUGAAAGGAACUGUUUGGCAGAGCAUCUCUGCAUGCUGCUGAGCUCUGUGCUCAGCCUCAAGACUGGUGCUGGGGACCCAAAAUCCCUUCCUGUCCUUUCCUCAUCACAGAACAGCUCCCCACUGCUGGCAGCAAGCUCACUGUGCUCAGAGUCAGAGCUCUCCCGGUCCCUGGAGCUCUUGGGAAGGUGUGAGGCUCUUGAGAGGAAAACAGUGACCUUUGAGAACAUUGUCUGUGUGCUCAACCGGGAGGUGGAGAGAGUGUCCCUGACAGCUGAAGCCUACAGCCGCCAGCACCGGCUGGACCAGGAGAAAAUCGAAACGCUGAGCAACAAGGUCCGGCAGCUGGAGAGGAGCAUUGGGCUCAAGGACCUGGCCAUGGCUGAGAUGGAAGAGAAGAUCCGCAACAUGGAGGCUUCCACCUAUGAUGGGGUUUUCAUCUGGAAGAUCACAGAGUUUGCCCGGAAGCGUCAGGAGGCGAUAACAGGCCGCUCUCCUGCCAUCUUCUCCCCAGCUUUCUACACCGGCAAGUAUGGCUACAAGAUGUGUCUGCGCGUGUACCUUAAUGGGGACGGCACCGGCCGUGGGACCCACCUGUCCUUGUUUUUCGUGGUGAUGAAGGGACCCAACGACGCGCUGUUGCGGUGGCCCUUCAACCAGAAGGUCACCCUGAUGCUUCUGGACCAGAAUAACCGGGAGCACAUCAUCGAUGCCUUCCGCCCUGACGUGACAUCCUCGUCCUUCCAGCGCCCUGUCACAGAGAUGAACAUCGCCAGUGGCUGCCCCCUCUUCUGCCCUGUGUCCGUCAUGGAAGCUAAGAACUCCUACGUGCGUGAUGAUGCCAUCUUUAUUAAAGCCAUCGUUGAUCUCACGGGCCUCUAACCCUCCUGACCUCGGAGCAGUGAGCGUGGAGCCAGCGUUGCCCAGGGCAUCUCCCGCUUGUGCUGCACUUCAAGCGGGUCUCAGAGCGAGAGGAGGGGGCACAGAGAGGAAAAGCCCUUCCUGAAAAGGGACCUUUGCUCAGAGUGGAAACAAGGUGUCUGAUGGGAGCCCUCUUUCCUGAGGAGAGGGUUUGGUGAACACUGGCAGGCUGGGGGAUAUGGAAGAUUCCCUGCAGGGACUUGGGUGUCUGAACUGCUGCUGUCUGGACUCCAGUGGAAACCAGUGCAGCUCUUGCUCUACCAGUUCAGCUGACAUCCACAGCUCUCUGUAGUAAAACAGCGGUUUGUCCUGCCUGAGCUCCACCUCCUGUGGAUUUUGGCUCAGCUGUCUAGGAUUUCCCUCUGAGAUCUCCGUGUUCCUGGAAAUUGUGUGCUUUGGGGUGCCAUGGCUCUGCACUGCUGGUUGCUCCACACCUGAGAGACAAGGGGAGCAUGUGACAGCUGCAGUGCCAGCUGGGCAAGAGAGACACAGAGUGAUUUGAUGCUGUUGGUGUGUUUGGAGGUUACUGAGCCCAGCUGCAGGGCAGGGGAGCCCUGAGUCCAGCCCUCACUGGGUGUGUGAUGGGUGAUGUGUGCUGGAGUGUGGAAUGGGGCAGGAGGUGCUGCUGCCCAGGAGGGACCAUGGGGCAGUGCCAGGGAUGCCUGUAGGGAAGGAUUCUGCUGUGGAGAUUGUCCCUCCUGUGCCAGGAGAGGAGGGCGACACAGAGUUCAGUGUGCACCCUGAGAGCCCCAGGCCCUGUCCCCCUCUGCCCUGUGUGCUGAGCAGCGCUGGGUGGGAUGGGUGCUGUGCUGGGAGCUGUCUUUGCUCAUAAGCAAAGGCACAGGCUCUGAACUGGCUUCACUUCCAUGGUGGGACAGCCCCACCAGCCUUCCCAGGGCUCCUGCUGCUGUUGAGCUCCCCAUCCAUCUGUAGCUACGCUGCUGUGUCUCUCUGGGCACUGCCACCUCAGGCUGUGGGAUGUGUACCGUCUGCCUAUGCAGUGGGCACUGCUGGCCAGUCCCUGCCAUCCCACAGGACCUGCAGUCACCAGCAGCAGCUCUCCCUCACCGUUCCUCCCUAUCCCUGAGCUCAGGAGUUGUGGGCCAGCUGGUUCCAGGCAACAGCACCCUGGAACUCUUCUUCCACUAGGCCCCAUGUUGAACCUGCAGCCACCUGGGGGCUGGAGAAAUGAAGUGUGCUGUCUCCCCUUUCUGUCCCUGGGCUCCUUCCCUCUGGUCACCACCUGUUCAGCAACCAUGAGAAGGUUUCUCUCGGUGUUGAUGGGGAAGAACUGGCUACCACAUCCCUGCAUAGUGCCCUCUGCAGCCUUGUUGUGGCCAUAGGUGGCUCUGCAUGGGCCCUGAUCCAGGGUGGACGCAAAACUUUGUUGCCUCCUUUGCCUGGGCUUUCCACACCCCUGUCAGUGGCUGAACGUGCCCCAGAUGUUUUGUUGGGGACAAACCAGCUGUGAACACCCUGCAAUGAUCAGGGGCCCUGGCUGGCUCCUGUGCUGCUCCUUGGGCAGCAGGGCUGGAGCACGGUCACGCUCCUCAAUGGCUGCCAGGGAUUGACCCUCCACUGCCAGCAGCUCCUGCCAGGUGCCCAGCCUGGGUCUGAUGGCUGCAGAGCCUGCCAGGCUUGUGGCCUGUGCACACCUUGGCUCUGGCUGAACCUCUUGCACCCAUGGCUGCUGUGCUGGCCAGGGUCUCUCCAGACAGGUGCUGGGGUGACCUGUGUGCCCUUUGGAAUCACUGUAGGGAACUUCUCACACCUGGGUGUGCAGGGCCUGGGGACACACCCAGCCCCUGCUGUUGGGGAGGGGGAUGGAAACUGAUGGCAGCACAGCCUAGCUGAGGUGGGAGAGGGGUGACAGGACCCUUCCCUUUGUGCAAGCCCCCUCCAGCCUGUCCCAAGGGACAGAUCAUGCCCUGUGUUGCUGCUCUCACCCUGUGCCUUAUGAGGAAAAUUCCAGGCUAGCAGAGCCCUGCUCCCAUCUACAGCAGCUCCCCAGGGAUGCUUGGAAAAGCCUGGGAAGGGAGAGGAAGGUCAGCUCUGCUCAUAAAUCACCGGGAAUUAAGUGCUAUGUGGGGGGAACUUGUUCUUUGUUGAACAGAAUGUCUGUCUGCUCGUGGGGUGCUGUCUGCAGCAGGACUGGGGGCUCUGGCCAGGUAGUGCCAGGAGGGCCUGUGGAGAUGGUGGCUCAGCUGGGGGCGUCUGGGUUGUUUUCGGGGUGGGAGCUGGUCCUCCUGCCCCAGCACACGUUUGGAAGGUCAGUGGGAGAGUCAGUGCUGCAGCUGAGCUGCAGCUGAGCAGGCUGAGCUCUUUAGGCCACAGGGUUACUGCUGGAGAGGAAACAUGGCCUGUCAGCCGCUCCUGCUAGGAGCUUUUUCCUCCCCACCUCAUGCUGCUGACCCUGUCUGGGCCUUUUUUGGUUCUUAGCAGCUCUGGAGCUGGCACCAGGAAUUGUGCUUAUGUGCUGCAGGCAGGGGCCCAGCCUCUUCCUGGGCACUGCUCUGCCAGCCUGGCAGCCACACUGACAGGACACAAGCCACUGCUGGAUUUUUGUGGGUUUUUUUUUCCUUUUGACCACACCAUCUCAGCCUGGCACUGUGAACUAUGUUUUGUUUUCCUUGAGGGGGUAGUAUGGUCAGAACCACUAAUAAAAGCUGUUUGAACAGCA